AUGAGUGAAGAACUGGAGGUUGGAGAGGAAGAGGGAAAUCCGGCGGCGAAAACAAUGUUGCAAAAGCUUUCUUCUUUGUCUCUCUAUUUCUCUAUCGCUAACGCUAUCUUCUCCUCCAGAACGCCAUUUCCAAUUCUCUGCGAUCUUGAUUUCUCUGCAAUUGUUUUCAAUCUCGAUCGAGUUUCAGAUCUGUUCGUAAUCCAUACUAAGAAUCGAAUUUCAUCCAUGGCUUCUUACUGGUGCUAUAGAUGCACUCGUUUCAUUAGGGUUCCAGCUGAACACAAUCUCGUCUGUCCCUUCUGCGAUGCUGGAUUCAUCGAGGUCGUAAACUCCACACCUGGCGCCGCUGUUCGUACCUCCAAUCUGAGAUUCCGCCAUAGUAGCCGUAACCCAGGAGGAGGAGGAGGAGGAGGAGGAGGUGAACGAUCGUCUUUCAAUCCUGUCAUCGUUUUACGUGGUCCUGCUGAUGGAGGAGGUGGCGAUAGGAAUUUCGAGCUGUAUUAUCAUGAUGGUGCUGGAUCUGAUCUUCAACCGCUGCCGGCAGCUAUUUCUGAGUUCUUAAUGGGAUUAGGGUUUGAUCGGUUACUUGAACAGCUUGAACAGGUUGAAACGAAUGUGAUUGGUGGUCGGCAUGAUAUGCCUCCUGCUUCAAAAGAAUCGAUUGAAUCGAUGCCUAUAGUUGAAAUUGGAGAUAGUCAUAUCUCUUCUGAAUCGUGUUGUCCUGUUUGUAAGGAUGAUUUUGAGAUUGGUUCUUCUGCUAGGGAAAUGCCAUGUAAACACAUUUAUCAUUCUGAUUGUAUCCUUCCAUGGUUGUCUCUUCACAAUUCAUGUCCUGUCUGUCGCCAUGAACUUCCAGCGGAUUCCAAUUUGAGCGUGCCUCAACCUUCAGCUGAAGGAGCUGAAGGCGCUGAAGGAGAAGCGAUAGGUCUGACUAUAUGGAGAUUACCCGGGGGAGGAUUUGCUGUAGGUAGAUUCAGCGGUGAAAGAAGAAUAGGGGGUCGUGAGGUUCCUGUUGUAUACACUGAAAUGGACGGUGGAUUCAGUAACAAUGGUGGUGGUGUUCCGAUUGCGAGAAGGAUUUCUCCUACUUCAAUGAGAGAUCUUUCGAGAGAAGGUGGAGGUGGUGGUGGUGGUGGUUUCAGCAGGUCGAUUCGCAAUAUGUUCUCAUCUAUUGGAAGACGGCUUUGGACAUCGAAUUCGGGUGAAUCAUUCAAUGCAAGAUGGAAUCCUUCUGGUUCAGUCUUCAGCAGGCAAAGAAGGUUAAACAGAGCCAUGCUACUUGAAGACUAAGACAGGAUAUUGGUUGGUAAAUGUACAUAUAAAUAUUUAUGCAAUUUUCCCCUUCUUUUUAGUAUGAACAAGUAAUAUAAUAAUUGAUAGUUUCAACUUUCAUAUCAAUUUCUUUGCAAAGAUUGAAUCUUUAUUGAUCAAAUAUUUUGAUUUUGAUUUUGAAAGCACAAUUCCCAUA